GUUUCAAAACAAACCUACAUUAUGGAUAUUGCAAUUUGGAUCACCAAAAGAUAUGGAUGUGAAUUCUGAUAUGUCUCCGUUGGCCGUAGCCUUUGACCAAAGUAUUUACCCUGAAGAUAUUACUACGCCAAUAAAGAUCUUAGGUGGUGCUGAAUAUACGCCAUGGCAUGGACUAUCUUUUACCUGUUUCUCAGUUGAGGAUACAUGCAAUCGACUUACAAUCAAUGGUUUGAGAGAGGACUCGCCUUUUAAAGCGGUUAAGGGUAUCUACGUCAAGAGUGGAGAACAUCAUAAUCGGCCAUACUACAAAAAUGUUGCAGAUUCAAGAUGUAUUCUUAUGUUCACUUUUACUCCAUCUCGGAAUGCAAUAUGGGGAUUCAUGUUUAAUGGACAGAGUGCUGGUCAUGUUUUAGACUUUGUACCAGACCCCAUUGAUAUAAGAUUUCAGUGGAGUGGCUUUGGAGGAUUCCAGGAUAUUACUAUUGCAUGCUUGGACGAGCCAGAGGUUGCAACAAUGACUGGUGCAGCCUAUGCUUUUAGUGCAACGGAUGCUAUUAUCCGCCAGUCUUUCGUCUCAGCUGAUGAGCCAGACAAUGCAAAAGAGGUAGCAACAAGUAUGUCUGACGUUAGAGCAAGGAAUGCUGAUAUAACUGAGCCAGACGUUACGACAGAGGUUGCUGUACCAAAUGGGCCUCACGUAAAAGCAAAGACUGCUGAUAUAACAGAGUCUGACUUUACGACAGAGGCUGCUGUACCAAAUGAUCCUCACGUUAAAGCAAUAACUACUGAUGUAACAGAGUCUGGCGCUACGACUGAGGCGGGUGUACCAAAUGAGCCUUACGUUAAAGCAAAGAAUGCUGAUAUAACAGAGCCUGACUUUACGACAGAGGGUACUAUAGCAAUUGAGCCUCACAUUAAAACAAAGACUGCUAUUAUUACAGAGCCUGCCGUUACGACAGAGGCUGUUGUGCCAAAUGAGCCUCGCGUUAAAGCAAAGACUGAUGAUAUUACCGAGCCUGGCGUAACGACAGAGGGUGCUGUAACAAUCGAGACUGACGUUACAUUAGAGGCUGUUUUAAACAAUGAGCCCCACGUUACGCUAAUAGAGGCUGUACCAAUUGAGCCUAAGAUCACAACAGAGGCUGUUGUACAUAAUGGCCUUACAAUAGAGGCUGCUACACCAAAUGAUCUUAAUGUUAAGACACAGACAGCCAGUACAACUGAGCCUGAAGCUGCAACAGGGAAUGCUAUGACAUAUGAACCUGACGUUACGAUACCUGUUAAUAUCGAAUCAAAUUCCGAACCCCAGGGAGCAAGAAAUACAACCUCCCGUGUUAGCCCAGAUGAAAUCAAUCAGUCGACAGGUUGUACUAGCAAAUGUGGGAGAGGAAUGGUCGAAAAUUUACAGGGGGAAUGCAUUGUUGGAACAACGUUUCAGUUGGGGAUAACGUUUGAUCUACCUUGGAGUGAUGGACUUCUGAUGACGAAUUCCCCGAUGUACACACAGAUGGAGUCAGAUAUACUUUGUUCAAUAAGACGAGGAUUUUCGCCUCAGUUAACAGUUGCAUCGAACUUGACUAACUUUACACCCGGGUCUAUCGUUGCCAAUUUAACUGUUACUGUUGCUCCGGGGAAUGAGUCGAUGGUUGACUACAAUGUUACGCUAGAGGACAUCCUCCGUGCAUUUAAUGUGAGAAGGGCGAGUGGAGGAAAGGAGAACCUUCCAUAUACUCCAGAUUGUAUUACCAGUGCAAAUGAUUACAACGAGUGUACCGAUCAAGAGGAUCUGGUUAUGAGAUGCGAUGCAGCGGCCAGGUGUAUUAAUACGAUUGGAUCAUUUGAAUGUGUUUGUCCUGUUGGUACGAUUGAUGUCAGUCCUUAUCCUAGAUUCCCUGGGAGAAAAUGCUCAUAUCGCGACACUGACCACGAUGUGCUCACCAUAGUUUCCAUUACGUGUCUCGUGGGACUUACGAUCGUCUGCAUUAUCGCCUGUUCGUGUUGGAUCUACUUAAAAAGAAAGCAAAUGAGGGUAGUUUCGGAAAGAAAGUUUAUCGAAUAUUUCAACAAAGAUGAAACCAGGAGAAUGCCAAUGUCUAGACCCCCCUUAGCGUAUAACAAUAUAAAUGGAAUGGGAGAUAGUGGAUCACAGAGUAGACGCCAUGCGGGUGUUUAUGGAAAUAGAGAAUAGAUCUGAGAGGGGAAAAAACGAUGGACAUAUUGUUUGAAUAUUUAUUCAAGACUUUGCAUGUUCGUAUUUUUAUUCAACUAGAAGUUUUUUGCUUGGCCUCACUUCGAUUUUUUGACUAAAAGGAUCGCGAGUUGUUUUUAGAAUGA